CCGUGACGUGAUCGCGCCGUCUAUAAAACCCUAGCCGGGUGGGCCCAAACCUUUCUUCCUCCUAUGAAGAGAGCACUUUCCCGGUCAAAUUACCGGGCUCAUUCUCACUUCACGAUGAAAAAUCCGGGCGAAAUAGUGCCGGACUCGCACACUUUCCGUCGAUACGUGGCCCAUCUACUCUUCAUCUUAGCCAUUGUUUUCCCCUGCGUCAUACUCUUUCGUAUUGUUCAUCCGUUAGAUGCCCUGCCUCGGCUCGCUGGAAACUCUUCUGAAAAUUUCGAGGGCUCACUGGAGAAUCAACGGAUUGCGGUGAUUCAGGAGAGCGAUGAUUCGACUGCUUUAUGGGAAACUGAGGAUAAUAAGUUGGAUGCUGUUUUGAAGAAAGCUGCAAUGGUGAAUAAAACAGUUAUAUUAACCACUUUGAAUGAAGCAUGGGCAGCCCCAAAUUCAGUUAUCGACCUGUUUCUUGAAAGCUUUCGAUGGGGUGAACGAAUAAGACAACUUUUAGACCAUUUAGUGAUUGUUUGUUUGGACCAAAAGGCAUUUGCUAGAUGCUCAUCUAUACAUAACCACUGUUAUGCUCUGAGCACUGAAGGUGUUGAUUUUUCCGGCGAAAAGUACUUCAUGACUCCUGACUAUCUGAAAAUGAUGUGGAGGAGAAUAGAUUUUCUAAGAACUGUGCUCGAAAUGGGUUAUAACUUCAUUUUUACGGAUGCUGAUAUCAUGUGGUUUCGAAAUCCUUUUCCUUAUUUUUACCAGGACACAGAUUUUCAGAUAGCAUGUGAUCACUUUUUGGGCAAUCCUAGUGAUUUAGCCAACAGACCCAAUGGGGGGUUUAAUUAUGUUGUUUCCAAUAAUCGAACCAUAGAAUUUUACAAGUUUUGGUACUCAUCAAGACAGAGGUAUCCAGGAUUCCAUGACCAAGAUGUGCUUAAUGUUAUUAAAUAUGAUCCAGCAAUCGAAGUAAUCGGUCUAAAAAUUAGAUUCCUAAGUACUGCUUACUUUGGUGGGUUUUGUGAACCAAGCAAGGAUUUAAAUGUCGUUUGUACGAUGCAUGCAAAUUGUUGCUAUGGUCUAGGUAACAAACUUCAUGAUUUAAGAAUUAUUCUUGAAGACUGGAGAAAAUUUAUGGCGUUGCCCAUAGAGGAGAAAAGAUUACGGCAGUUAUCUUGGAGGGCUCCACAAAAUUGCAGUAUUUCAUCUGCUCGUCAUUAAGGUUUUCUCCUGUACGAGCUGUCUAGGAGAGCAUAAGUUGUGGGCAUUUAACUUGUACAGAUGUGCUUUUCAUAAGCCAAAAGUUCGUAAUUUUAAGGGCUCAAGGAGGGUCGCAUGGGCUAAAAUGUGAAGCUGUCCAUCUAGAUGUCAGUAUGGAAUCCAUCAAACAACAAUAUUUCAGUACUGUAAAGCCUGACCAAAGAACCAGGCUUCACCAACUCAUGUGCCCCACUUAUGCACCACUGUAAAGAAAAUAUCGUGGUUUUAGGUAGACACAUUUUUGUCGAUGCUGGCAAUUUCUUGACAUAUUUUGAUCUUUUCUUUGUUUCGAAAGCAAAGCUGUUCAAAAUUUUAUUCAGUUGAUAUGGAAUGUGCUGAAAGCUAUUCCUCUUCUCCUGUAAAUAGUUUGAUCAUUUUGACUCAGCAUUUUGGGUUCUCUCUUGUGAAAUGGAAUGUUCUGAACGCUAUUGCUCA